UCACUGACCGGUUUUUUGAUUGAGACUUUUUCUCUUUCCAAAUCUGUGAAAAUAAACUCAUAAACGAGUCUCAUAAAUUGCCAUCGGGUCAGAUGAAACUGUUUAUAAGUGAGGGGAAUCCGCACUGUAUUAAAGUGUUGGCAGUGCUGGAACUUACUGAGGUGAAAUGUGACGUUGAAGUGGUGAACCACGAUGAGAGAGUGGUACCGUACUUGACUCGCCCCGUUUUACCCGUCCUGCUGUUACCCAGCGGUCAGCACCUCUUCAGCCCCAACACCAUCUGCCAAUAUUUCUUUGACAUCAGCGGUCAGGUGGCCACGGACGCCAGUAACCAGUGGCUGGAAUGGGAUGCAACAGAUUUACAGCCUGCAGUGUCACAGGCUCUCCACAUGGUGGCAUUGCAGGGUAAGAGUGCUGAAGCAGCCGCGGUGAUGAAGGGACCACUGAACUAUAUGGAGCAGUGCCUGAGCAAGCGGAGCACACCGUUCCUAACUGCGGAUAUCAUAACAGUUGCAGAUAUCGUCCUGUGUGCGGCGCUCUACCCCAUUUUGUCUGACUCAAGUUUUGAAGCCGGUGACUUGCGGUUUGUGCGAGGCUGGUUUGAGCGUGUCAGCGUUCUUGCAGCAUGCCAAUCGGCCGCUCAUAGAGUUCUGCAGGGAAAGGGAAUCAAAGCAAUGAAGACCUUCUUACAGAAACAACCAGCACAACGAAGAGACGCCCCGACCAGCAGCAGCACCUCAGAGGUGGAAGAUGCAGAUCAUAUGAUGUCAGAGGAGGAGAUUGAAGAAGCUGCUCAGAUCUGGUGUGAAGGACUGAAGGAUUUUUCUACAGUCGCACAGAGAAAACACCCGAUUCUCCCACAGGAAGGAAAGAAAAACAUGCUGAUUACGAGCGCUCUACCGUACGUCAACAAUGUACCUCAUCUCGGGAACAUCAUCGGAUGCGUGCUCAGUGCCGACGUUUUUGCCAGAUAUGGCCGUUUGCGAGGCUGGAAUGUGUUGUAUGUUUGCGGGACGGAUGAGUACGGAACGGCGACGGAAAAUAAAGCUCGUGAGGAGGGCCUGACGCCACAAGAGAUCUGUGACAAGUAUCACGCCAUCCACUCUGCCAUCUACCAGUGGUUCCAGGUCGACUUUGAUUACUUCGGACGAACCACCACACAACAGCAGACCGAGAUCGCUCAGGAUAUUUUCUGGCGUCUGCAUGAGCGGGGUUUUCUAUUGGAGGAUACAGUUGAGCAGCUGCGCUGUGAAAACUGUCAACGUUUCCUGGCCGAUCGCUUUGUCGAUGGCACGUGCCCUCACUGUCAUUACCCUGAGGCCCGAGGGGACCAGUGUGACAAAUGUGGCCGUCUCAUCAACGCAGUAGAUCUCAGGAAUCCACAAUGUAAGGUGUGCAAGGAGACGCCGGUGAUCCGCUCCUCAAAACAUCUGUUUCUGGACCUGCCAAAGUUGGAGGGUGAGCUGGAGCAGUGGUUGGAGCGGUCAAUAAGUUCCGGCGACUGGACGGCAAACGCACGUCACAUCACGCGCUCGUGGAUCAGAGACGGCCUGAAACCCCGAUGCAUCACACGGGACCUGAAGUGGGGGACGCCUGUACCGCACCAGGAUUUCAAAGACAAGGUGUUCUACGUGUGGUUCGACGCUCCUAUUGGCUACCUCUCCAUCACAGCGAACUACACCGACCAUUGGGAGAAAUGGUGGAAGAACCCCCAACAGGUGGAGCUGUACAACUUCAUGGCGAAGGACAACGUUCCGUUCCACAGUGUCGUUUUCCCAUGUUCCCUUCUCGGUGCUCAGGACAACUACACGCUCGUCAAUAACCUCAUCGCUACAGAAUACCUGAAUUACGAGGACACGAAGUUCUCUAAGAGUCGCGGUGUCGGUGUGUUCGGGGACAUGGCUAAAGACACGGGCAUCCCGUCCGAUGUUUGGCGCUUUUAUCUGCUGUAUCUGCGGCCGGAGGGUCAGGACGCCGCGUUCUCCUGGGCCGAUAUGGCCCUCAAGAACAACUCCGAACUCCUCAACAACCUGGGAAACUUCAUCAACAGGGCCGGGAUGUUUGUGUGCAGGUUCUUUGAAGGUUGUGUUCCUGAGAUGCUUCUGAAUGAAGAUGAUAAACGGCUCAUCGCUCAAGUGUGCUGGGAACUCAAACAGUACAUACAGCUGCUGGAUAAAGUCAGGAUCCGUGAUGCUUUAAAGUGCAUCCUGAACAUCUCUCGCCAUGGAAACCAGUACAUUCAGGUUAACGAACCCUGGAAGAAGAUCAAAGGAGGCGACAGUGACAGGCACCGAGCGGGCACGGUGACUGGCGUUUCGGUUAACGUGGCGUGUCUCUUGUCGGUCGUGUUGGAGCCGUACAUGCCCACAGUCAGUCACACCAUCCGUACUCAACUGCAGGCUCCACCCUCCUGCGCCAGUGCCAUGCUGCAGGGGACAGGCACCUUCAUCUGCACACUGUCAGCCGGGCACCGCAUUGGCACGGUCAGUCCUUUGUUUCAGAAGUUGGAGACGGAACAGAUCGAGUCCCUGAGAAAAAGAUUUGGAGGACAGCAGCCGGAAGAGGAGGAGGAUGAAGUUAAGAGUUGCAGCAGCAGUGCAGCCGCUGAACAGAUCGCAUCAGUGGACGUUAAUGCAGAUCCAGAGAAGGUCAAACCACUCGCUGCGCUGGUGGCACAACAAGGUGAGAGAGUUCGAGCUCUCAAAGCGCAGAAAGCCGAGAAGUCUGUAAUCGGGGAGGAAGUCGCCAAAUUACUGGAGCUAAAAAAACAGCUGGCUGCUGCGGAGGGCAAGAACCCCGAACCGUCCAAUCAGAAGGGCAAAAAGAAAUGAGCCGAGAAAU